AUGGCAGUUUCGGGGUUUGAAAAACGCCUAGAGCUCCACUUCUUGGGUGAUUUUGAGAAAGACAACAUGUUGGGGCUUAGGGUGCUUGAUUUUGACUCACGUGAACAAGUCCUGUUUGCUGUGCAAUGCAGUGUUGUAUCAGCUGUUGGGAAUCCUUUCUUUGAUGCCUACGUUUUGUCUGAAUCCAGCUUAUUUGUUUACCCUACAAAGAUCAUUAUCAAAACCUGUGGGACAACCCAACUCCUCAAAUCAAUCCCUCCAUUGAUUCACUAUGCCAACAAUCUUGGCCUCAAUUUGCAGACCUGUAGGUACACCAGAGGCAACUUCAUCUUCCCCAAAGCUCAACCAUUCCCACACACCAGCUUCAAAGAAGAAGUCAUUUACAUUGAACAAAACAUCCCCAUCAAUCUCUGCUAUCGUAAAGCCUCCGUUAUGCCUUCCAAACUCCCUGCUCAUUCAUGGCACGUUUUCACCGCUACCUUUUUGCCGCCAUUGGAAUCCCAUUCCCACCACGAAGACAUUACUUUCAUCGUCGAAGUUUGCAUGACGGGACUUAACCACCACCUUGCACGUCAGUUCUUCGUGAAAUCCGGGGACGGGAAAACGGGGGACAUAGGCGGUAAAGAAAUGACGGAGCUGACGAGGAUUGAUACCAUCAACCCCGGAGCUUUCAUUUGCGACUUUGCUUUUGAUCCUUGCGGUUACUCCAUGAACGGCAUUGAUGGUGAUCGUUAUUCGACCAUCCAUGUUACACCAGAAGAUGGGUUUAGCUACGCUAGCUUCGAGUGCGUCGGGUCAGUUUACUAUGACCCGGAUGACAUCGUUGUGACGUUGAAGAAAGCCGUUCAGGUUUUUAUGCCGGCGACGAUUUCAGUCUCGACGACGGGAUGUAGCCGUGAAGUUUGGACGAAGGUGGCGCAUGCUUUUGAACCGCUUGGACUCAAGCCUCGGAGUUUUGCAAUGGAUGAAUUACCGGCCACCGGUACCAUUGUUUUCCAAACGUUUACUGCGGCUCGCCGGAAAUAAGGCAGGGGAAACCACAAAGCAAAAAAACUUGGAGUGAUUUUUCAUUGGGGGUUAAAGAAAUUUACGAGGAUGAUGAUGUGGAGGGAUUUGAUUGGUUGGGAAAGGAUGAUGAAUGUGGGGUUGACUUGGUUAGAAAGAUGAGAAAAUUGGAUGGGAUUUUAGGAGG